AUGACUGAACCCGAAGUACAAGACAAUUUACUUCCCAGUAUAGGAGCUAUUUACCUCUUAUCAAAGAAGGAGCUCAUCGAGCGAAUGAGUAAAUUAAACAUCAAUACUGAAGGGACAGUAAAUGUACUCCGUAGUAAGUUUAGCACUUACAUGAAAGAAGCCCGGCUUCGUAAAUCAGCCGAAAACUUGUUUGAAGAUUUGGAAAAAGUCUUGGAAACGAAAGGUGAUGAAGAAGAAAAACGAAGCAGUCCCGAGAGCGAAAAUGAUGGAAGCAAAUGCGUUGUAGCAAAUCCUGGAGCAGCUACAUCAGCAAGCACUUCCACUCACACGCUGCCAGCACACCCACCGAUUAACGAGUUCGACAGUCUUACCCGAGAACCAGGAGUUAGAGAUUGGUACUAUCCAGUUCCAAAUUAUGCUCCGCCGAUGUUUUCUGCUAAUGCUGCUACUUUCACUCAACCUCCUGCAGACGUUGAGAGGCUAAGGGGCAAAGCACCCCACAUGUUUUUUUCAAGACCCACAGUAUGUCGUGAAGUCGAUGUCAUGAAUACUGUACGUAAAUGGGGAUUAAGAUAUGAUGGGUCAGGCAGCGCACGCGAAUUUAUUGAACGAUUAAUCGAACUUAACGAAAGCUAUAAAAUUCGAAAUAACGAAAUUUUGAAAGCACUUUCCGAAAUAUUUAAGGGACCCGCCCUUGAAUGGUUUCGAAUAAAUCGAACUGCUUUUGUCUCGUGGGAUGAAUUCCAAAAAGCUUUCCUAACCUAUUUCCUUCCGACAAGGUUUAUAAAUAAACUGGAAGAUGAAAUAGCUAGGAAAAGUCAAGGCCCUAGAGAAAAAGCUAAAGAUUUUAUAAGAUCGUAUCAAUAUCUUGUGCAUCAACAUCCCAACAUGCGUUUAAAAGACCAUGUCGACAAAAUAUAUGAUCGUUUACGUCCAGAAUAUCAUUUGUAUAUUCGGCGUAAAGAUUUUGAGACCCUUGAAGAACUCUCAGGUCUGGCGGAAGAAUAUGAAUAUAUUCGUAACGAAAACAAGCUCAACAACCCUGCUAAAGCACCAGAAAAACCGAUAGUCGCCUCUCGAAAUUUUAGAGAGACAGCUUCGUCGCCCGACCAAUAUGACCGCCGAACUCAUUGCUGGAACUGCAAGCAGCGAGGACACAGCAAAACUAAUUGUCGACGACCAUUCCGCAUGUUUUGUUCUUAUUGUGGAGAAGAUGGCCGAUUAUCAAAAGAUUGCUCUUGUCACCAGCAAAACCCUCAAGCCUCAAUAAUGGAAAAGAAUCCGGCCGAUUGCCAUGGAGCUUAUUCCGAUAGAGGCACAAACUAGUGUCGGUCAGACACCCCACAC